AUGUCUACUAACUCCAUAAAGCUUUUAGCCAGUGACGUUCAUCGGGGAUUGGCUGAACUUGUAGCUAAAAGACUAGGCAUGAAUAUCACACCAACUGAAAUAAAACGUGAAUCGUCAGGCGAGGUUCAGUUUUCUAUCGGCGAAUCCGUAAGAGACGAAGAUAUUUUUAUCAUUUGUCAAAUAGGAUCAGGCGUUGUGAACGAUAGAGUAAUAGAACUAUGCAUUAUGAUCAAUGCUUGUAAAACUGCAAGUGCAAGAAGAAUAACGGUUAUUUUACCUAAUUUUCCCUAUGCUAGGCAGGAUAGAAAGGAUAAAUCAAGAGCUCCCAUUACUGCCAAGUUAAUGGCUGACAUGUUAACUACUGCGGGCUGUGAUCACGUCAUAACCAUGGACUUACAUGCUUCACAGAUUCAGGGAUUUUUUGAUGUCCCAGUUGAUAAUCUUUAUGCUGAGCCAAGUGUGGUUAGAUACAUAAAAGAAAAAAUAAAAUAUCUGAGAGCUAUUAUUAUUUCACCAGACGCAGGAGGAGCAAAAAGAGCCGCUGGCUUGGCAGAUACCCUUGACUUAAACUUUGCGUUGAUCCACAAGGAAAGAGCAAGAGCUAAUGAGGUUUCAAGGAUGGUUUUAGUUGGUGAUGUUACUGAUAAAAUUUGUAUCAUUGUUGAUGAUAUGGCUGAUACAUGCGGCACCUUAGCGAAGGCAGCAGAAAUCUUAUUGGAAAAUAAUGCUAAAGAAGUUAUAGCGAUUGUUACUCACGGAAUAUUAUCAGGUAAUGCUAUAAAAAACGUAAAUAACUCCAGACUCACAAAAGUUGUCUGUACUAAUACUGUUCCCUUUGAAGAAAAAUUGAAGUUGUGCCCUAAAUUGGAUACCAUUGAUAUUUCUGCUGUGUUGGCAGAGGCUAUCAGAAGGUUACAUAACGGAGAGAGUAUAUCUUAUUUAUUCAAGAAUGCUCCUUUAUAG